UGGUGUGUUUAUGUUUGAGGACGGCAACCGUCACGGGAGCCAAAGGGAAGUGAUCUCAUACAAAACUUUAAGAACGAUGAUCCUGCUUUUUGCUUCGAUUGUUUCUCUCCUGGCUUCCACCACCCACGCUGGAAAGGUUCUGGUAUUUCCGCAAGACGGCAGCCACUGGGUGAACAUGCAGGUACUUGUCCAGGGAUUGCAUGCACGAGGGCACAGUGUGACUGUGAUCCGAGCUGCUGACAGCUGGUACAUCCGCGCAGAGUCUCCCUUCUACAGGACGAUCUCAGUGAAUAAAGAUGCCGGCACCAACGAGGAUUUCUUUCGACUCUUUGUGUCAGAAAUGAUUCAAAUCAAACGUGGAGGGGGGUCAGUGAUGACCCGUAUUGCUUUAGACGCUAAAUUUAGGGACAGUUUAAUUGAAUUACACGGGAAAGUCUGCGAGAUAGUGACCUCUAUUUUUGAAAAUGAGGACCUGAUGAGAAGUCUUCAAGAGGCCCGGUACGACGUCAUGCUAACAGACCCAGCUAACGGAGGAGGAGUAAUGCUGGCUCACAAACUUGGUCUGCCGCUGGUGCUCAACGCGCGGUGGACGGUCCACGGUGAAGCACAUUUUGCCAUCGCUCCCUCGCCUCUGUCAUAUGUUCCACUUCCACCUUCAGAACUCACCGAUAAAAUGACUUUUCUUCAGAGGGUCCAAAACGUACUCUUCUACAUAGCAAGGAUGAGCCUAUACAAACAAAUGGCUGGGCCUCAUUAUUCCGCGUUGGUCAGCAACUACUUUGGCCAAGACGGCGACUACUUCUCUUUGUUCCAAGCCGCAGAUCUGUGGCUCAUGAGGGUUGAUUUUGUCUUUGAGUUUCCGCGGCCAACGAUGCCGAAUGUGGUCUACAUGGGAGGUUUUCAGUGCAAACCAGCGAAGCCCUUGUCUCUGAGCUUGGCGGAGUUUGUCCAGAGUUCCGGGGAGCAUGGAGUCAUUAUCAUGUCUCUUGGGACAUUAGUUGGAGAGCUUCCUCGGGACAUCGCUGAGGAGAUCGCAGCAGCCUUUGCAACUUUACCACAGAAGGUCAUCUGGAGGUACACGGGCGAUAAACCGGAAACCCUGGGCAACAACACCCUGCUGGUUGACUGGAUGCCACAAAACGACCUCCUGGGUCAUCCACAGGUCAAACUGUUUGUGAGCCAUGGAGGAACUAAUGGAAUCUACGAAGCCAUGUACCACGGGGUCCCGAUGGUUGGUGUUCCGUUACUAUUUGAUCAGGCCGACAACCUGGCCAGAAUGAAAGCGAAAGGUGUGGCAGAGGUUUUGGACAUUUCAGACAUCGAUAGAAAUAUGUUUCGUGAAACCUUGGAGAAAGUCAUGACGGAUGUCUCCUACAGAACGAACAUGGAGAGACUCUCAAGACUGCACAGAGAUCAGCCCAUCAAACCCCUGGACAACGCCCUCUUCUGGAUAGAGUUCGUCAUGAGGCAUAAAGGAGCAGCUCACUUGAGAACUGAGUCGUACAAACUUCCCUGGUAUUCGUACCACUCUGUCGACGUCAUGGUGUUUUUGCUUUUAGUGAUUCUGCUUAUUUUGUUGCUUCUUUACAAGAUAGCUUGUUGCUGCCUUCAAUUCUGUGUAAGAAAGAAAGUCAAAUCUGAGUAACAAAUCUAUGGCCAGAUAUAGGUGCAGUUUUGAAUUGAACAGAAGCAGAAGAAUUUCAAGAAUAUCAUUGUUCAAGUCUACAAUCCCUUCUCCUCCACGUCGAAUCCAAACAUCUCAUUUCCUCAUCUUCUUCAGCCACUUCACUUUUACUUUGUUCUGAACUCCGUUGUAAUUACGAAUAUACAGUAAUUCUGGAGCUGAAAAUGUGUCUUCAAUCCCUCCCGUAAUCUUGAAACAAGAAGUUCCCUGAAGUUCAUCAUCCACACUGAACAAGCCCAGAGGUGCCCCCUGAAGCAAAUGAAUUCUGUCCUCCUCUGUAAAUUCUAGAGCAUUUGUUUGUAUAAACUUGUGAGUCUGGGAGUCACGUUUGCUGUCAAAAGUAGUCAGAGCUGACGAGACAGUUCAGAAGCAAUGAAAGUGAAUAUGAAGACCAAGAGAAAUAAAAUCUUUUAUGUUUUAUUGGUGAUUUGGGUUGUGUCCAAAGAAGCACUACACACAAUACUGUAAUACCCUCUGUAAUCAUGAAAAACUAUAAAAUUAA